AUGUAUAUUAUAUUAAUUGUAAUAUGUAAAAUGGCGCCUAGCCCGGUAUGGAAUUAUUUUAAAAAAAUUGAAAACGGAAAUAACGUUAAGUGUAAUGAAUGCAAUAAAAAUUUAGCAUAUAAAAAUAGUACGUCGACUUUAAUUAAACAUUUAAAAACAGUUCAUAAAAUUGAACUACCUAAUUCGUUCAGCGAAUCAAAAAAAAGAAAAAUAUCAGAGCAAGACAGUGACAGUGACACAAGCUCGGUUUCCCAGCCUAAAAAAAUUAAUUUGUGUGGCACAUCAAAUGAACUAGUCCCAAGUACUUCCUCAUCAUCUUCAGGUUUAGAUCUCAAUGAAAAACCCAUCUAUCAAGGUCCUCUUAACCGAUGCUUGAACAAUGUAAUUUCAUUUUCAGAAGGAGGGUACAGAAAUAAUGAUGUCACAAAUGCAUUAAUGUACAUGAUUGCUGUCGAUAAUCUCCCUUUGUGUACACCAGAAAAACCAGGCUUCAGGAUGUUCGUUCGAAAAUUACAGCCACUUUAUAAAACGCCUUGUGAGCCUACAAUAACAAAACGAAUGACAGCGAAGUAUGAAGAGCUUAAAAUUAAAGUGAAAGCUGAACUCCAAAAGGCAGAUUCAAUUUGCCUUACAACUGAUAUUUGGACGCACCAACACACGAUGCGUAGCUAUCUUGGACUAACUGUUCAUUAUCUAAAAGGAUACGAAAUGAAUUCGUACGAGCUUGGUGCCUAUUAUCUACGGGAUAGAAAAACUAUUGCUGUUCUUCGGGUGAAGCUAAGAGAUAUUUGCAAUGAGUGGGAAAUUGAUGAUGAUAAAAUAAGUGCAAUUGUUUCUGAUGGCGGAGCAAACAUCAAAGGUGCAAUUAAGGAAGAAUUUGGAGAGUCUAAACAUAUUUCAUGCUUUGGUCACGUUAUCAAUAAUAUUGGCCAAAAACUCAUAGAAGUUGGUACAUCUGAGCCCGCGUCCGAAUUAAGUGAUGAUAAAAUUCAUCAUUUAUUCGAUGAUGAAAGUGAUACUGAAGAGUUUUUUUGUGAAGAUUCUCAAAAUUCUUCAGUGAGAAAUCUUAUAAUGAAAGUUAAGAAGAUCGUUAAGUUUUUUCGCUGCAGUGAAGUUGCGUCUCGUGAGCUAGAAAUUUUGCAAGAGCAGGCUGGGUGUAAGUCAGCGUUAAAAUUAAUUCAAGAAGUCAGGACGAGGUGGAAUUCAUGUUAUGAAAUGGUAGAUCGGUUUAUCAAUUUAGCCGAACAUGUCAAUUGUGCACUUUUGAAAGUUCAUAGAGACAAAAGUUCGCGGUCGAAACCUCCUGACAUUUUAACAGGUGAUGAGCUUGAUGCUCUGAUUGAAAUACGAGAUAUCUUGAAACCGUUAUGGAAUGUAACUCACGAAGUCAGCGCUGACAAGGAGGUGACAUUAAGUAAAUGCAUCCCAUUAAUCACUGGAUUGAAGCGAGGAACCGACAAACUUUGUCCUGUGACAUUAAUUGGGCAACAAAUGAAGAAAAACCUAGUAACUGAAAUAAAACAAAAGUUCUCAAAUAUAGAGUCAGUAAAAUUGUAUUCGAUUGCUACUCUUUUGGAUCCGCGAUAUAAAAAAAUUGCUUUUCAAAGUAUUCUAAAUUCAGCACGCGCUGUGACUACUGUGGGUGAAAUUUUGAAAAAAGAAAUUAAGUCAUCGAAAACUCUUGCGAUUGCCUGCGAAAGUAAUCUUACAGAUCAUCAACCAUCUUCAGAUGGUAAUGAUCUGUGGGAUUUCUUAGACGACGCUGUGCAACACAACAUUCAAGUCGCUGACAGUGAUGAAGCAGGCGGUUUGCCUAUCGAACUUCGCCAGUUUAUAAAUCGUUCUACAGUAGAUCGGAAAACUAAUCCGGACCCGAUUGAAACUUGGAAAUCACUUGAAUCAGAUUAUCCUUAUUUGUCGAUUGUAGCUAGAAAACAUUUGAGUAUUGUUGCAACAUCAACACCGUGUGAACGCUUAUUUUCACACUCGGGUUUAAUUGCAAAUCAGCUCAGGAGUAGACUAUCACCCGAUCAUUUGAAUAUGUUGGUUUUUUUAAAAUCUAUCCCUCAAUAUUUAUGGUUUUUAUAA